CGACGAGCCGCGCAGGAGAGACGCACGAGUUGGAGGGCGGUCAGCGACUUUCCGUUCCAUGGUAGAUGCGCCUCUGCGAGUCCUAACACGGCUGGAAGUAUCUGUCCAACUCCUGAGGGAUCUGGUGAAGAAUGGAGUGGUAUGUCCUGGUGCUGAUACUAAGCUUGCCGCCCUCCAUCCACGCAGAUUGCUCUUCACAGUGUCGGAAAUGCGCGCAGCAGAUCCUGAGCCCCGACGCGGUCCUCAGCAGCCUGUCGUGCAGUGUGGAGUGUGAGGGCCAGCUGAAGAGCUGCGCUCCGGCUCCGGGGCUGGCAGACUUCAGCCAGGAUGAGGCUGCGGAGGAGGAGGAGAGCCAGCAGGCAGACCUGGUCAAACGCUACGGCGGCUUCAUUAAGAGGAUCGACAAGAACAAGAACAAAAUCUUCUACUCUCCGUGGCGCGACAACUACAUCCUGAAGGCCGGAGCGCUGCCCAAGAAAUACGAGGACUUGUUGAAGAGGCUGGAGGAGAGAGGUGUCGACGCGCCGCAGGACGCAGACGAUGCCGCGGAGGAUCAGAUGCUCCAUAAUUACGUUAAACGUUACGGCGGCUUUUUACGCAAAUUCGGCCCAAAAUCAAGGAGGAGUAAUUCCGCGGAGGAGGAGAGCCAGGAGCCGGAGGAGCUGCAGAAGCGCUACGGAGGCUUCAUGAGGAGGAUCAGACCAAAGUUGAACAACCUGAAGUGGGACAAGCGGUACGGAGGCUUUCUGCGCCGCCACUUCAAAAUCUCUGUGCGCUCAGUGGAGGAGCCAUACUACUCCUAUGAUGACGUGAGCCUAUAG